CCCGUUUAAUCUACAACUUGUGAAUGACAACACGGCGCCGGUCAAAGGUUUUUAGAGAAAAGGCAAACCAGAGGGUUCAAGCUCGGAUUUAAAAGCAGAGAGUCUACUUUGGGGAACUGACUCGGGGGAUGGGGGAGCAGAAAACGUGGGCAUUGGUCUCGGAGCUGGGCGGCGAGUUCGGUUACCGCGAAGAGCUGUCCGACAUCCUGAAGCAACACUUCCAGCUCGUGAGCCACGCUGAGCUCCUGCGAAACCCGGCGCUCCACGGCCCCAAGAUCCAGGUCCUGUUCAUCUGGAAGUACGUCCCCGCGGCCGAGCCCUCGCUCCUCCGACUUCUCCCCGCCCUCAAAGUGAUCGCCAGCGGAGGAGUGGGCGUUGACCACCUGGACGUGCCCUUCAUCAACAGCCUCGGGGUGAAGGUGGCCAACACGCCCGGCGUCGUCAGCAACGCCAGCGCGGACCUCGCCAUGGCGCUGCUCCUGGCGUCGGCUCGAAAGGUCCUCAAAGGUCAUCAAAUUGCUGUUGACCCAAAGACUACCAACCUGCCACAAAGUCUCAUGGGAGUUGAAGUCACAGGGUCGACUUUGGGCAUCGUUGGAAUGGGAGAGAUUGGUUACAAAAUGGCCCAAAGAAGCAAAGGAUUUGAAAUGAACAUCCUGUACCACAACAGGACCAGAAGGUGUGAGGCCGACGAGCGGGCGGUUGGAGCCAGUUACUGUCGGCGCCUGGACGACCUGCUGAGGAGGUCGGACUUCGUGGCGAUCGCCGUCAAACUGACCCCGGACACGACGGGGCUCAUUGGCCACGCGGAGCUGUCCCUCAUGAAGCCCACGGCGACGCUGGUGAACAUCAGCAGAGGUCAGGUUGUGGACCAGGACGCGUUAGUGGAAGCUCUGCGGUCGGGAGGAAUCCGAGCUGCGGCGUUAGAUGUGACUCAUCCCGAACCUUUGCCGAGGGAUCACCCGCUCCUCGGCCUGCCGAAUGUCCUGAUCACCCCGCACAUCGGGAUUAACACCCACGCCACAGCCAGGGGGAUCGUGCAGCGGAUGGUCGCCAACGCCGUGGCCGCUGUGGCGGGCCGGCCCCUCCCAGACGAAGUCAAGCUGCAGUGACGCGUGUUACGUGUCCCUGCGGGGGGGGUCCGGAACGACUGGUCUCCUUGUUGUAUGUCACGUGAUAAAAUGUUUUCAGAUUCAUAACAUCGUAAAAAAACAACACUAUUUUCCUGUUGCUUAAAGCGGUC